GUUGUACAUCAAGAUCAUGCUGGAUAACCUCAAAGUUCAUGUGUGAGAUUUGUUUACACUAGUAUUUUUAUAAAAAUAACAUAGGUAUUUUUGGUUUGGAUUUGUGAGAAAGAAAAAAUAAAAAGAUCUAACAAUGGCUGAACAAGUAAAUCAACGUAUUGAGGGCAUGAUAAAUGAACUGGAGCAGAUGCGAAGAACUAAUCUGUUUGACGAUGAUGAAUUAAGGGAAAUAUCUCGUAAAAGAAAGGAAUUUGAAUACAGAAUUCAGAGACGUAUAAAACAAAAAGACGAUUUCGUUCAGUAUAUUACCUAUGAAUUAGCUUUAUUAGAAGAUAUAUCGUUGCGUAGAAAACAGGCAAAGAUUAGCGAUAAAAAGAAAGACAUAGAAUUCGCAAUCGCAAAGCGCUUGAAUAAAUUAUUUAAGCAGUUUAUUUUGAGGUACCAAAACGAGGUGGAGAUAUAUUUCGAGUACAUAAAAUUUUGUAACAGUGUUGGAUUUCAAUAUGCUGUCGGAGCAAUUAUUGGACAAAUGUUACAAAUUCAUGGUGAUAAGCCCAAAACAUGGCAACUAGCAAGCAUUUGGGAGAGCAAAGAAAAGAAUGACCUGGACACAGCGAGAGGGUUUUUAUUGAAAGGGAUCCACAGACAUCCAGAAUCUGAAGUUCUUUACUUGGAAUUAUUUGAGAUCGAAUUGAGGCUGGCUUGUGAAACUGAAAUUGAAGAGGACAAGGAAAAAUAUCUAAAAAGAGCAGAAAUUGUAUGGCAGAACAGCGUUAAGAAUAUUCCUGAAUUGUCCUUUUUGUUCAGACUUUGUGAUUUGUCUAUGAAGUACAAUGAUGGCCCAUUAACAAAGUCUUUAAAGGAAGAAAUUUGGAGAAGACGGGAUGAGAAAGAUGUCUGGGCUUAUAUUGCUUCAAAGGAAUUAGAGGGCUAUCAUUGGGAGCAAAUUGAAGAUUUUGUUGAUCAAGACAACCAAUAUUCUACGGAAUUGCAGAAUUUUAUAGCCGUUUAUGAAGAAGGUCUUCAGCAGUUUCCAGAUGAGAAAUUAUGUACAAAAUACAUCCAUGGUUUACUUGGCUUGAACAACAAUAUUUGCACGGAUUUACAAAAGAUCACCGCAGUGAAACAAGCCUGGAUGUAUGGACAUGAAAAUGGUUUAUUGUCCAAUGAUAUGUAUGCUUUUGGUAUAUCUCUAUUGAAAUUGGAAGGGGAAAUAUCGAGUGAUGAAUUUGUUCAGAUUAUAGAUACAGCGUUAAGUAAAAAUCCAAAAUCAAAAAUACUAUGGGAAGAAAAGAUAUUGCACAGUAAAGAUAAUGAAAAUAAAAUGUUAUCUGUGCUACAAGAUGCAAAUAAAACAAUGAAGGGUGCUGAUUUGUUGCAUCUGUGGAAUUUUGUAUUGGACAAUAUACAAUCUAGUGAUGUGCUAAAUAAAUGCUACAAAAAAUUCCAAACUUGUGAAAGUUUAGUUGUUUUAUCAUUGAAACCCAAACUCUUGCAAAAACUUUAUGAUCAUAAUGGGUUGAAAGCGGCAAGAGAUGCAUAUGACGAUUUUAUAAGGACUCCUCCAACACAAAAAGAAUUACAUCUCGUUAUGAUAAAUAUAGAAAUGGCUCAAGAAAAAGUCGGUGCUAAACAUAUCAGGAAAUGUUAUGAAUGUUUAGUUCAACAUCACGGUUCAAAUUAUGUAGAUGUUUGGUUGAAUUAUAUCAAGUUUGAGAGUCAACACGGGAACGCACAAACAGUACCUCAAGUACAUAGGAGAGCUAUAGCAGCCUUGAAAAAGGAAUUAGUUGAUGAGUUCAUUAGGGCGCAGACAUUAUCUAGAUUACAAUAAAUAGAUUUAAAUGUUA